AUGUACAUGGCGGACAGCAAACCGGUAAGUCUGUCAUCGGACGACGACGAGGAGGAGAUGGAGACGGACGUGAAAGGAGACGACGAGGUGCGCGAUGAUAGUCAGAGCGACGUGUUCGAAGAUUGCGCGAACGAGCGACACGAAACGAAAGAAGAAACGUCGACUUCUGGAGGAAAUGCCGUAGGUCUACAUAGCCAGAAGGUUGAACAACGACGGAGUCUUCCCUCUGGCAGUUGUUCACCUGGACAUCGGCAAAGACAGAAGCCUGACUUCAAUGAUGGCAACAACUCUGCAGACGAUCAAAAGUCAAGAACUAGUGACGACAUGGAUGCCCAGGAAUUCAUUCCAUUGGAACCGGAAAUCUCAUUGCCAAGAGUCAACUGUAAAGAGAAGAUAAUAUUUUGUAUUGAUCUCUCACACGAAAUGUUGUCGACGUCGUUUCAAUCGAAAACAAGUGAACCACGUAGUAUGCUAGUACUGAGCAAAAUGGCCGUCGACAUGUUCACAAAGAUCAAAACACACAUCGGAAGUCACCAUGAAAUUGCUUUCAUUGCAUUGCGAGACAAAGCCGAAUGGGUGCAUGACUUCACUCGUCACUAUCGUGUGGUCUGUAGUGCUCUGACUCAACUGCACACGCAACAAACAGCGGAGGAAUUCGAUUUGUCGUCAUUGUUCAGUGUGAUUUUGGAUCACGUGGAGCUGCCUGAAGUUCCCGAUGUGACGCUACCUCCUCCUUACACAGUGAGAGUCAUCCUAAUGUACGGCCGCUCUCAAUCCCUUCCUACACUGAAUUCAGAAGCAGGGAAAGAAGCUUUAGCUACACUCAGUCGAUGCCCAUACUUUUUCUUAGAUGUUUUAUAUAUUCAUGAAGUACCGUCAUCGUCAAAUCAGUGUGAGCGCAUUUUCGACGAGUUGUAUCAUUUGGAUCUUCGUGUGGCAAACUACUGUGUCGAGGCGAGUCAACACACUGUCAAGAUAUUCAAUCUCAUGGGAGCUCUGCUGGCACAUCCUCUGCAAAGACCAAUACAAGAUGAACGAAAACCUUGGCGUGUGUAAUGGUUAGCGUACAGAACAGCUUGUGUUGAGCUUUGUGUGACAUUUAGUUGUACAUACGGAGACUAUAGUAUUACUGUUGAGCCGGAAUGUUGGGGGUGGGGUUAGGAUCUGGCUAACCGAGACUACUGACAAGCAUUGUGUCGUGUAUGUGUUAGGUAUGUUCAUCCUUGAUACAUAUACAUGUGU